AAAUGGCGGGAACCAAUCAUAAUCAGCCGAAUCGCUUUGUUCAAAUAUUGGCCAAUCAUACAUCCAGUUUGUACAAUGACUCUGUGCCUGUUUACCCCAGACUAUAUAACACUGUUCGGAGCCCAGUGGGGGAGCUCUCCUGCCUGGCUCGUUGCACGAGUGAGUGAGAGCUCCGGGUUCAAACCUGUAAUAAAGAUCCUUGCUGCUUGGCUUUGACUCCGGACUCUGGUGGUCUUCUUCAGGGAAUAAACGGUCUGGGCAUAACAUCUGGGGGCUCGUCUGGGAUUCCCCCAAGCCCACCAGACCCCCAAGUCAACGGAUCUUGAUCUGCCCCUGUCCCCCAGGAUGCCUCUGCGGGGGAGCACGGGGACCAAGAAGCAGACGCCGCUGAGAGUGAAAGCAAUCCAGGGGGGCCGGCCGGCCGAACACGAGGCUGAGUGCAGCGCGACCAGGCUUCCCGGCUCCCCGACUCGACUGUGGCCCUGCCCCUCAGAGAGAUAGGAUCGCCCGAUGAUACCGGGCUCCCCCGUCUCAUGUAUUGGCCUUUUUCCACUAGUGAUUUGUACAAUUGGAAGUCCCAAAAUGCCUGGUUCUCAGAUAAUCCCAAAGAUCUAACCUCGUUGUUAGACAGUGUCAUGUUUACCCACCAGCCGACUUGGGAUGACUGCCAACAGCUCCUCCGAAUACUGUUCACAACGGAGGAGCAAGAAAGAAUCCAGGUCGAGGCUAGAAAGCGGGUCCCAGGAGAUGAUGGCCAGCCAACUGCAAAUCUAGACCUCAUCAACGCGGCUUUUCCUUUAACCCGACCCAGAUGGGACUACAACAUGGCAGAAGCCUUACAGAAAAUUCACCAGGAAAUUUGGCCCCGGCUACGAGAACUGUACGAAGCAAGCCCUCCGCCGACGCCCCAUUCGUUCCAGCCUGGAGACUGGGUCCUAGUCAAGCGCCACCGGCAAGAGACUCUCCAACCCAGGUGGAAAGGACCACUGCAAGUACUCCUGACUACUCCCACCGCUCUCAAGGUAGAGGGCAUCGCUUCGUGGAUCCACUAUACACACGUCAAACCAGUGGACCCAACCUCCGAUCUUCUCGGGCCGAUCGCCACAGCGACAGAAGCACCAACCACGUGGACUGUGGACAAAGCUAAGAACAAUCCCUUAAAGCUAACUCUGCGCCGCAACCCCUGUAACCAUGUUUAGCUUACCUAUGCUCUUAUGCCUUAUGCAUCUGACUCCCCUCACUGCUGCAUCGUCUAAUCCCUAUGUCUGGAGGUUCUGGCUCUAUGAGAACAAAACUCACCCCGGGGAAACCCCCCAGGCAGGUAAACUGCUGGCUAGUGCAGAUUGCCCCUCCUCUGGGUGCAGUACUCCAAUUUACCUCAAUUUCACUAACUUCCAGAUUGCCCAACCAGGAAUACCCAUGAUCUGUUUUGAAUAUGAUCAGACUAAAUAUAAUUGUAAACAUUAUUGGUGGCAUCAGAAUGCAGGCUGCCCGUACAACUAUUGUAAGAUGCACCCAGCCAGAGCAUGGGACGAGCCACGGAAAGGGUCUACACUCCUCAGGACCCGCUAUCCGACAGGGACUCCCAACAUGUACACUUGGAUAGUAACAGAUCCGGGGCACUCCCGAUGGACAUCACCCCAACAUGGGGCGGUCUACUCUGAUUCCAGUAGUAGUUGGCCCAGUAGUCACCUGUACCUAUGGCGGAGCCUAGUCCAGACUCAGCCUCUAAUCCAUACACAAAUCCAUAGACAAGAAA